GCCAAAAAUGUUGAUCGUUAUUUUCCAAAGUAAUAGCCAGUAUUUGCAAAUGUUUAUUUUGAUUAAACACAAAGAUAAUAAUUUUCUCUAAUGGAGGACUACAGAAAUCUGAGAACAUUUAAAGUGGAGAGGCUAUUUCGGGAAUUUGGAGAAAGUUAAACAAGCUCUCUAAACGAUUAAUAGAUUGUCAAAAUAGUUGUUGAUUAAUUUGAUAAUCGAUUAGUUGUUCAUUAAUAAAUUUUUCAGCCCAGCCACAACUCAAGGAUGGGACACAAUGUUGAUUAAGUCUAUCAACUCCUCUUAGGUCUUGCUGUAUUUUUCAGUCUUUUAUCGUUUAUAUUUUGUGUUGACAGGCUAAGUUCCCGGUCUCUGCACUUACCGAGCAAUGAGCAGACCGCGGCCCUUGUCUCCUGUUUGUAAAAAGCUCAGUAAACAUAUUAUUUUGUGUUUCUGUAACAGAAAAUAAUCACACAUACUAAUUGCCUUUUCCCCACCGUCUGUCCUUCAAAACAGAAAAAUGUUUUUUGCAAGUUCUCCCACUUAAAAAGAUGAGAGAGGCCUGUAAUUUUCAUCAUAGGUAUGCCUCACCUAUGAGAGACAAAAUGAGGGGGGAAAAAUCCAGAAAAUCACAUUCUCUGAUUUAAAAAUAAAAAUAAAUAAAUCAUAAGAAAAUUAUGGUGGAAAAUAAGUAUUUGGUCACCUACAAACAACCAAGAUUACUGGCUCUCACAGACCUGUAACUUCUUCUUUAAGAGGCUCCUCUGUCCUCCACUUGCUACCUGUAUUAAUGGCACCUGUUUGAACUCGUUAUCGGUAUAAAAGACACCUGUGCACAACCUCAAACAGUCACACUCCAAACUCCACUAUGGCCAAGACCAAAGAGCUGUCAAAGUAUACUAGAAACAAAAUUCGAGACCUGCACCGGGCUGGGAAGACUGAAUCUGCAAUAGGUAAGCAGUUUGGUUUGAAGAAAUCAACUGUGGGAGCAUUAUUAGAAAAUGGAAGACAUACAAGACCACUGAUAAUCUCCUUCGAUCUGGGGCUCCCACGCAAGAUCUUAUCCCGUGGGGUCAAACUGAUGACAAGAACGGUGUGCAAAAAUCCCAGAACCACACGAGGGGACCUAGUGAAUGACCUGCAGAGAGCUGGGACUAAAGUAACAAAGGCUACCAUGAGUAACACCGCCAGGGACUCAAAUCGUGCAGUGCCAGAUGUGUCCUCUUGCUUAACCCAGCACAUGUCCAGGCCUGUCUGAAGUUUGGUAGAGAGCAUUUGGAUGAUCCAGAAGAGGAUUGGGAGAAUGUCAUAUAGUCAGAUGAAACCAAUAUAGAACUUUUUGGUAAAAACCCAACUUAACGUGUUUGGAGGAGAAAGAAUGCUGAGUUACAUCCAAGGAACACCAUACCUACUGUGAAGCAUGGGGUGGAAACAUCAUACUUUGGGGCUGUUUUUCUGCAAAGGGACCAGGACGACUGAUCCAUGAGGAAAGAAUGAAUGGGGCCAUGUAUUGUGAGAAUUGAGCCCGGGCAACGAAGGAGUGGCUUCGUUAGAAGCAUUUCAAGGUCCUGGAAUGGCCUAGCCAGUCUCCAGAUCUCAACCACAAAGAAAAUCUUUGGAGGGAGUUGAAAGUCUGUGUUGCCCAGCCCCAACGGCCCCAAAACAUCACUGCUCUAGAGGAGAUCUGCAUUGAGGAAUGGCCCAAAAUACCAGCAACAGUGUGUGAAAACCUUUGAUCUCUGUCAUUGCCAACAAUGGGUAGAUAAAGAAUUUAGAUGAACUUUUGUUAUUGAGCAAAUACUUAUUUUCCACCAUAAUUUGUGAAUAAAUCCUUAAAAAAAAUUUGAUUUUCUGGAUUUUUUCCCUCAUUUUGUCAAAAUUAUAGGCCUCUCUCAUCUUUUUAAGUGGGAGAACUUGCACAGCGGGUGACUCAAUACUUUUUUGCCCCACUGUAUGUCAUACCAAAGCAACGGCUCUGUUGUUUUAAUUAAAAAUUCUAGCCUUGGGGGUGACAGAAGCGACAGUGCAGCUUCAGUAAUUGUGGCACCUCUACACUGUACGUAAUGUAAAUUAAUCGUUCCUUGAAAUAAGUUUCAAUUCAGAGAAAUAACUCAGUUUUAGUGGUUAGUAUGGUGGUGUUGCAUCACCUGAUAUAAUUUUUUUUUGUUUUCUAUAAUAAAACACUUUCAACAUCGAAUUACUUUGGCACGUACAUGCACACUAUGUUAAUGCACCCCAAUUUGUGGAUUUCAGUUUACAGCUGCAAUAUUAUUAUGCUGGUGAAGAUGCACCUAGGUAGGAAGGUGUGUAGGAAUGUGGGUACUUUAUUAAUCCUGUAGAAAAUUGUUUGGUGUAAAUAUUUUAUUACCAUGACACUGUGUAUAUGGGGUCUUCAAUCAGUCAACAUGUUUACAAAAUGCUCUGCAGAUUUUCCAACUUUUCUUUUUCAAAUUAUUUCUCUUUGGCAGCGCAAGCGCUCUCCAAUUUCUCUUUUGGUAGCAGUCAUUUUCACAAGCUUGCGAGCACUUGCCUGUCGUCAUCCAAAACGUGCCUGUAGCCUAUAUCGGCUUUUGGCCACACUUUGUUCCCUGGAAUCUACCUGCCGCACUGUUAACCUGCACAACCAGAAAAUUCUGCUUUUUACUGUAAUUUAAAGAACAGAUACAGCUCUGUUGAUUGAGUAACUUGUCAAGCAGUUGCUCCUGCUUUGACCAGUCAUAUAGGUCAUUUCUGCUACAUGAAUUUUCAUCCAUCCAUCCAUACACCCACCCACCCAUGCAUCCAUCCAUCCAUUUUCUUCCACUUUAUCUGGGGUCUGGUCACGGGGGAAGACUUCCUUCUCCCCAGCCACUUCAUCCAGCUCCUCUGGGGGGGAUCCAGAGGCGUUCCUGGGCCAGCCAGGUGACAUCCAGCGUGUCUUGGGGCGACCCCAGAACACCUCACCAAGGAGUCGUCCAAGGGGUAUCCUAACCACAUGCCCGAGCCACCUCAUCUGGCUCCUCUCGAUGCGGAGGAGCAGCGGCUCAACUCUAAGCCCUUCCCGGAUGACUGAGCUCCUCACCAUAUACUAGGGAAUUCCACAGGUGUACUACUUUGGUCCUUGCGGUAAAUACAACGCUAUGGUGUUGGAGCUGCUUGGGCCCAGUCUAGAAGACCUGUUUGAUCUUUGCGACCGGACCUUCUCCCUCAAGACCGUCCUGAUGAUAGCCAUACAGCUGAUAACGCGGAUGGAGUAUGUCCACACAAAGAGUCUGAUAUACAGAGAUGUGAAGCCGGAAAACUUCUUAGUUGGGCGACCAGGAAGCAAAAGACAGCACACAAUUCACAUCAUCGAUUUUGGUCUGGCCAAAGAGUACAUAGACCCCGAGACCAAAAAACACAUCCCAUACCGGGAGCACAAGAGUCUGACUGGAACAGCACGCUACAUGAGCAUCAACACACACCUGGGAAAAGAGCAAAGUAGGCGGGAUGAUUUGGAAGCCUUGGGUCACAUGUUCAUGUACUUCCUUCGAGGUAGCCUCCCGUGGCAGGGCUUAAAGGCGGAAACUUUAAAGGAGAGGUAUCAAAAAAUUGGGGAUACCAAACGAGCGACCCCGAUCGAAGUGCUUUGUGAAAGCUUCCCUGAAGAGAUGGCCACCUACCUCCGAUAUGUGAGGAGGCUGGACUUCUUUGAGAAGCCUGACUACGACUACUUGCGGAAGCUCUUCACUGAUCUGUUUGACAGAAACGGCUACGUCUUUGACUAUGAAUAUGACUGGGUUGGCAAAUCCCUGCCCACACCAAUAGGCCCUAUCCCAAGUGAUGCUCCCCUGCAGCCCAGCAGCAGGGACAAAGCACAACAGCAGACCAAAAACCAGUCACCUGAGCCAAAAGGAAGUGAGUCUCAGCCCACCCCCGUGACCAAUAAGGAGACUUUGGGGUCGCACCUCACAGCUGAGCGGCUGGGGGGCUCUGUCCAGGUGAUGAGCUCAACAAAUGGUGAGCUGAACACUGAUGACCCCACAGCUGGACACUCCAAUGCUCCCAUCACUGCUCCCACCGAGGUUGAAGUGGCUGAUGAAACCAAGUGCUGUUGUUUCUUCAAAAGGAGAAAGAGGAAAGCCCUCCAGAGGCACAAGUGAAUGACACCAUUGGAGAGAACUUGAAACCUUGUUGUCACUGUCAAGUUUUAAACGGAAGCAACGACACAGACUCCUCCUUGUCCUUUUCUCUGCCCAGCUUCCCUCUUACCUCUUUACCGCCCCACUUCCACCUCAUCCUCCACUCCCCUACCGCCAACCCAGCCCCUGCUUCUAUCUUUCUCGUUCUCAGUGCUCCCUGGCUGCUGGUGUGUCAAAGGAAUGUUGCAGUCAUACUGACUCACAACAGACUCUGAUUCCUUUAUCAGCAGAAAAACUUACCUGCAUUACAAGGAGGGAGGGGGGGAGGGUGGGGGCUUGAGAAAACGUUAAAAAAAGCUGUAACAAUGAAACUGUGGCGUGAAUAUGAAAAAAGAUACUGUUUGAAACAGUUGUAUUCUAGAUUCCAUAAAGGUUUGUUGUUCCAACAGUGAGCUGUUGAUCAGGGGGAACCAUCAGAAUUCUGCUCCUUAAGAAAUUGUUUAUUGCUUUUGUUUUCUUCCUUUGGUGUGUGUUUUGGGAUCAAAGUAAAGAGGAAAGGUGAAAAUAUGAUGUUAAAAUCUGAGAGACACAGGAAGCUUUUCAACUAUAACAGAAUUUGGAGGAUUUUUAUGUAUUUUUUCUCUUUUUUUGUAAUUGACUCCUCAGUUUUCAAAGUCAAAUCCCUGCAUUGAAGACUUAUUUUUAUGUUGUAGUGUUCUGGAGUUUCAUUUUUUUUUUUUUUUUUUUUUCCCCCCCCCCUUCCUCUGGCUUUCUUUUUGUCUGUCAACGUGGACUUUGUAGCACAGUCACUGGCCUCAGGUACUGUGGAAGAUUGAGAGAAACAGAUAUUAAGCUCUCUUGCUAUUAUUGCACUUUUGGGAAAAAAAACAGAAAAUUACAGUGAAAACUCUAGGUUUGGAAUUAACAAUUACGAAAACAAAACUUAAUAAAGACUGAUCUAGGAAGAGUC